CCAAGUCCAAACACAUUAGCUCCUGAAACUUCAAAGAAAAUGAGAGGCACCCUGUCUCUGUGUCAGAGGACUUCACAGUUGCUGCUUAGAGGAAGAAGAAGAGCAACAAAAGCGACCAACACUCUCAUCCCCUCAAUUUCUUAUUGCACAAACAUUGACAAUAACACCAUCGAUGGGCCACAAAGUCCAAGGGUCAAGAUUUUCGAUCGGGAACUCAAACGAAAACAGCGUGACCGAGCUGCGUGGUUGAUGAGGCCAAGUGAUCCUUUUGUGGAUGCUGUCGCUGACAAUUUGUUGGAUCGCUUGGAGGAUUGCAAGAAAACAUUUCCUACCGCGUUGUGUUUAGGAGGUUCUUCGGAAGCUGUCAGACGUUUGUUACGUGGUCGUGGCUCCAUUGAAAAGCUUAUCAUGAUGGACACUUCAAAUGACAUGGUUAAAUUAUGUAAGGAUGCUGAAGCUGCUCAACAAGAUUCAAAUCAGAAUAUCGAAACGUCCUUUGUGGUGGGAGAUGAGGAGUUUCUACCUAUAAAAGAAAGUUCGGUAGAUUUGGUUAUCAGUUGCCUGGGACUCCAUUGGACAAAUGAUCUUCCAGGAUCCAUGAUACAGUGUAAACUAGCAUUGAAGCCGGAUGGCCUAUUUUUAGCAGCUAUUUUGGGUGGAGAAACCUUGAAGGAGCUGAGAAUAGCAUGCACUGUGGCUCAAAUGGAGCGUGAAGGAGGCAUUAGUCCUCGCAUAUCACCUCUGGCACAAGUCCGUGAUGCAGGGAAUCUUUUGACCAGGGCAGGCUUCACCCUUCCUGGAGUUGAUGUUGAUGAAUACGUAGUUAGGUAUAGCAAUGCUCUGGAGCUGAUAGAGCAUUUGCGCGCAAUGGGCGAAACUAAUGCUCUUCUGCAAAGGAACAAUGUUCUAAAGAGAGAAACAGCCCUUGCUACUGCAGCAAUUUAUGAUUCAAUGUUUGCUGCAGAAGAUGGCACCAUUCCCGCAACAUUCCAGGUUAUAUUCAUGACGGGGUGGAGGGAGCACCCAUCUCAGCAGAAGGCCAAAAGGAGGGGGUCUGCUACCAUAUCAUUCGAUGACAUCCAAAAGCAAUUUAGCAGUGAUAGUUGACACCAUCACAUUCCUCAAGACCAACCGGUGGCAAAUUUGGAAGUGAGACGCUUUCCCUCCCUCAGCACCUUGUUCUGAUUCAUAUAUAUAUAACAUAAUGACUUAAGAUCAGCAAUCAGCGAGGCUGGUGCCCUUGAGGGAUGUAUACUGAAAUCGUUGCACAAGUCUUCCCAUAACCUGCAGUUUUAUGUCAAUCAUCUGAAUAAUCACCUUUUCAUUUUGUUGACCAUCUCAUAACGUUGUCUCAUAAUCUGGAAUAAAGUUACAUGUUCCUUUUUCA